AUGGAGGACUACGACCUGGGUAUACCCCGGUCUUUGAUACUGACCCUUGUGGAUGUUUUCUUCGACAACGCAUACAAUGCUACCCUCGUGCUGCCAAAAAGGCUAUUCUUGGAGUCGCUCGAACACGGAAGAUCCAGUCCCCAUGUCGUCUUAAGUAUCUGUGCGUGGGCUGCAAAUUUCUACAGAGACCAAAAUGGCCAGGCAACUUUGAAAGACCACGGCUUCAUGACUGAGUGGGCCCGGAAAGCCGGAAGGCUGGUAUUCCAACAACCAGAGGAUCUCCACGAGGAUAAAAUCGUGACGUUAAUGACUCUGGGCCUGUUCUGGUACAGCCAAGGCUCCUGGAGAGUCAGCCAAUUUUACAAAGGAGUAGCCUGUCAGUUGCUCUAUGUCAUCGGGCUCGAGCCUGGAAAGUUGUACGGUAACAACGCGUUCGAAUCUGAAAUGCGCCGCCGGCGAUUGUGGGCUUGCUAUCUGAUGCAAUGUCAAUCCGCCGAUAGCCUGUCAUUCUUCCAGCCACUUGUCGAUCUGUCAAGCUUGAGCUUGCCAUGGCCGGAAGACGAUUUCAAUGCUGGCGUUUCCACGCAACCAUCAAAAUGCCUGGAUUCCAAGGGUGUUGCUGGCGAGAGCCUAUAUGCCGAGGUGAUCAUAGGCCUGACAUUCUGGCACUCGGUACAUUCGCUGAUAAAGUGUCGCGAAACCGAUAUCAGUGAGAGGAUAUCGGCGUUGCAUGCGUUCGACGAAAAGAUAUCGAGAUGGUGGCAACAAGUAUCGCCAGCCUUCAAAUUGACGCCAUCAAAGGUUAUAGAGAUGGCGAACGACAUUCCUUUCUUCCCACAAAUCCUGCUUCUCAACGCCGUAUAUCACCAGUCUCUUGGUGCGCUACAUGCGUCUAUUAUUCCUCUCUUCUCUUGGAGCCCCGGCGACAACAGUUGGCUUACCUCGCGACAUUGCUCAGCGCAAUUAGCAUUCGAACACGCCUGCACAUUCUCAGAAUUGGUCGAAAGAGUUGUUUCGACGUACUCUCGACCUAGUGCGAUACCAACCUUUGUCGCAUACGCCGCAUAUUCCGGAUGUGCUAUUCAAAUCCCGUUCAUGUGGUGCUCCAAUCCGGAAGUACGAUGCCGCAUACGUGCCAAUGUCAAGGCGAAUAUCCAAAUUAUACAAAGCGUGGCUGUAUACUGGAAAUUCGCCGCUCUCCUUCAAAUCCAUGUUGGUUGUCUAUACGAGAUCCACCUAACGCAUCGGAAUACCCUGGAAGAUGAGCCUAGACAUAUCGACAUCAGGAAGCUGGUCGACUUCAAGGUUAAUGCCUCACAUGCUCGUGCUUCUAUUCUCGGUUUCAUUGACAUUUUACGGCCCAAAGGCGAUGGAUUCGUGGACUCUGGAGACGAGAACAAAGAUCUUGGAAUUGAAUUGGGUACAGUCAGGAAUGACCUGCCAACAAGGUCGUCCAUACACGAUGGUCCCAUGUAUGACCUGCAUAGCGGUCUAAUUCAACAAGAACCCCUUGAGAACAGCCCUGUGGCUUUGCAAUCAGGCUUCGCCCAGACCACUGACAGUUUACGAGGUUCUGAAACAAACGUCAACCACGGCCCAGCACAGCUGGAGAUCAAUGUGAACCAGGCACAAUACCAACAGCAGGCAGAGCCAUUGCCUCAACCCAAUCAAUUUGAUAUUGAAUCUGCGCCUCUUUUCCAGCUCCAGGACCAAGGUGUCACAGAGAGGCUGACUUUGGAUCCAUGCUAUCCUUUUUUUGACCAGACCAUGCUCGAUCUCUUCCCGAAUGGAGAGAUGCCGGAUCUUUCUCAGCUGGAAACGGACCCAAACUAUCUGGAAUACUUUGGUCUCGAAGGCUGGGACCCGGUUCAACCAGACCUUCCGAGGGACGCUUGA